AUGGACGAACUGUGGGUGGAGGAGACGAGGAAUAUGGUGGCGGACGAAAUUUUGGGAAAAAGAGGUAUUGCUUCCAGACAGAGGAGAUCAGAUUGUUGGCAGCUGAGAUCUGGAAAAAAGAGGUCGUCGGAUGGUGUCGGUCGGCGGACCUCUUGGGUACGAGAAAAGGACGAACGAAUUGAGAAACAUGCGAAUACACGCGGGCACGGGAGGAGGCGGACGGAGAUGACGAGAAACGCCCAGAAGAUUCAAGCACGGGCCGGAGACACCCUAAGACAACCGAAGACAGGCGGAGAUGGGUCGGAGACGACCAGAUACGGGCGUAGAUGGGAGUCCGGAAAUUUGAUAUUUGGGGUUAGGUGGAAGAAGAAGCGUAUGAGGAGGUUGAAGAGGAAGCGCAGAAAGAUGAGGCAGAGAUCCAAGUAAUAGGGCUUUUAUUUCCCAUGUAAUGCUUUCUGAUUUGUGAACUCUCAUUAUGUAGUAGCGAUUUUCAGAACUACAUUUCAUGUAUCAACUAUUUAUCAGCUGAGCUUAUUAUUAUUAUUCAGAAUCAGUUUUUUUUCCUGUUAUGGUGUGUUUUUUGGUUGAAAAUAUGAUGAUGUGUUGGUAUGUUGUGUUUUCUUUGUUAAUUGUUGACUGAAUUUCUCUGUGUUCAUGUGGAAUGUGAGAAGUAAGUAGCCUUGCAUUUGUAGAUCCAUUUGUGGAAUGUGCUGGGAAAUAAAUGCAUCUGAAUCUUGAUGAUGUUUGAUAGAAAGCUUUUGGAAAUGGUGGUGGCUUACAAAUUGUAGCCUUUUGUGUGUGCUUAUUAAUCUGAGCGCUGGAUUUUAUUCUUGGGUUAGAAUUUAGAAU